AUGCCAUCAAUUCUGUUUUUUGCUGAUACUGAGACUUCCCACAAGUACACCGCGGGUGCAGAAAAAUCAAAGUUCGACAUCAACCUGCCCCGGCUGGGCAGCUCACCUCCCCAUCCUCAUGCCAGCCAAGGGCCCCAACUCCGACAGCACGAGAUCACCCCAGCCCGCAGACGCACCAAUGAAUCGGGCACCUCUGCUGGACAGUGCAUUGUCCGCCCACUACCGGCGCUCAAUGGCACCAACGUAACUUGCACGGCCCCGCGCACCCCAACUUCCAAGCACACAAGGGUGCACCCAGGUUUUUCAAGGCGACUGGGCCGAACGCCUUGCAAACAAGUUGAAGACAUUUGCGCAACGUUCAGUUGUCUGCGCCUGCAAGCCGACUCAGAGGCAGAAUGCUAUGCACCUCGGAGCCGAGGCAAUGUCGCCUCCAAACCGACUAGGAAACGUCCUCCAAUAUCACUCGAAACGACUUCUGACCGGCUGGAAGUCGUUCCUGGAAAAGACUGGGCAUCCAGGUUGUUGAAUUCACACAAGAUUCUCACGGACCCUUGGAGCUUGAGGUGGUUUGUUCAGGGCUAA